GUGUGUGUGUGUGUGUUGAAUGCGUGAACGGAAGUGGUCUGGACGGCUUGAGCACGAGCAAGCGUAUCGCACACGCACUGGGUUAAAAUGGCCAAUACAACCAAGCGCUUUGGCCAUGACUAUGCUCUGCUUUGUGAGCAGUAUGGGGCUCGACCCCUCCCGGUGCGGCAGGUUGCGCCGCUCGAGGCGCGAUUGCAAACAUCCCUGGUCAUUGCUGAUGCGAGUGGCAACAAAGGCGACCAACGGACACACCUCAUGCCCGAGAUUUGGCUCGAUACCGCCGUGGAAGGCAACCCAAACUGCAUCGAAAUUCGCAAUCUUACCGCCACCGCCGCCGAUCUCGGCGCGUUAGCCGCCACCAUUGAAGCGGGGGCCAAUUGUCAUGAGCUCCGAUUCUACAACCUCAAAUUCGUUGACGAGGAGGCCUUUCAGCAUAUUCCAUCCCUUCUCCUCGCUGCACCCAUCCAAGUGUUGUGCUUUACCGGUGUCAUGGGCGUCACUCCUGCUCAAUGGGGCGCCCUGCUCUCCGUCAAACCGCUGAUCUCAGAUGAUGCCGACUCUCCCGUCGAGGAGAGCGAAACACAGUUGCAGCAGCUAAGCAUCCGCACCUGUGGGCUUGGCGAUGCCGAUGCAGAGAGUCUGGCCGAGGGCCUGGCAGAACAUUUGCAUCUCAAGACGCUCAACCUCUACUGUAAUCGCAUCACUACCCAAGGUGCCAGUGCCCUCCUGCGCAGCUUGCGUGGAAACAACACGCUCGUUUCCCUGGAUCUCAGUGCAAAUCAUGUCGACGACCGCGCCCUCCCCGUCGUGGCAGAGCUGCUGCAGCGCCUAACCUUGACCCACGAGGAGGUGGUGCGACGGCGCCAUGCGCUUUUGCAGCCCGUUCCCGGCGACGGUCCCGUGGCCUCUCGUCCUACGUCGUCUUCUAAAAGAGGGGGUCGUGAUAACAAGAAAAAAGUGAAUAGCGCUUCUCUCAAGAGCGCCAAAAAAGGCAACAGCGCGAGCAAGCGCGUCAAGUCGCCCUCUGCCAAGUCGCAGCUGGCUGUUUCCGAGCCCAUGCCGGAAACCACCAAACACCCCUUCUUAAUCGACGCCCGACGCGAUGAGGCACGUGUCUGCCCCGUCUUUAACUUUGUCUGGACCUGUGCUGGCAACCAAACGUUGAUCCACUUGAACGUGACGAACAACAAAGUGACCGCCAAUGGCGUGCGCACAUUGAUUCCAGUCCUUGAACAGUUGGCUGAGAACAAUGGCUACACGCCGUUCCCCUUUCAAAUUCUCUGUACUGGACCCAACUUGCCACACGAUUCGCCAGCGUUACAAGAGCUGCUCGAUGCAGGCAAGCCAAAAAAUACGGACGCAGAGGGCGCCAAUGCAACACAGGCCGCCAACGACGUGGCCGCAUAG